UCAGAAGCCUGGGUAUAAUGGCUCAAUCUGUGCUAAAUGUCUUUGUCUUCAUUUUUUACUGAUUUUAUUAUGUGGCCUAUAUAAGCAUCUAAAAUAGUCAUUGAUGAGAUUAUUUGAGGUUGAUGUUUCUUCCCAAAUGGUACUUGACAGUAUUGGACCAAUAGGGAAGAUAAAUUAGGGGAGAAAUAGCUACAAUAAGAUAAAAAAUGGUGAAAAUUAGGUUAUUUCAAAAGCUGAAGCUGAAUGUAAUGUUAAAUAAUGGCAACAGGUGACUUAAAGAGAAGCUUACGGAACCUAGAACAAGUUCUCCGCUCGCUAAAUUAUCCUCAAGAGGUGGAUUGUGUAGGUUUGGUAAAGGGAGAUGUAGCAGCAUCUUUGCCCAUCAUCAGCUAUUCCCUUACCUCAUAUUCACCUUAUGUAGCAGAACUUUUGAUGGAAUCCAAUCUAGAGCUCAUAGCAAAGAAUGACUUGCGCUUUAUAGAUACUGUCUAUAAGCUUCUUCGUGAUCACUUUAAUUAUAAACCAAUCUUGACAAAAAAGCAGUUUCUCCAGUGUGGAUUUGCAGAAUGGAAAAUCAAAAUUAUUUGUGAUAUUUUGAAUUGUGUGAUGAAAAAGCACAAAGAGUUGAGUAGUCUUGAGAAGACUUCAUCAUCACAACAGAAAAAGAAAAUCAGUUCUGUUAAGUCAGAACCUUCUUCAAGCAGUGAGAAGACAUCUACAGAACCUGUUGGCAUUGACAUCAGUGGCAGGUUUAUGACUUCAGGAAAGAAGAAAGCUGUGGUGAUUCGUCACCUGUAUAAUGAAGAUGGUGUUAGCAUUCCUGAAGAUACGUUAAGUACAGUAACAGAUGUUAAUGAAGCAUUUGAUGUGGGUAACUUAAAGGAUACUGAAAUAAAGGUUCCCGAAGAAAAGCUCCCUGAAAUCAAGUCUGAGCAACAAGAUAUAGAAGUUAAUUCUGAGAUUACUGCACUACAGACUAUGCUUGCUGAAUGCCAAGAAAAGCUUAAGAAACUGCCUUGGAUAGAGAGUAGAUUAGACUCUUUGGAAGAAAAAAUGAAAGGAAAAGUGAUGGUAAAUGAAAAAACUUGGACUAAUCUUCUAAGUCGUGUCACUCUUCUCGAAACAGAAUUGCUUUUGUCCAAAAAGAAUGAUGAAUACAUAGAGUUUAAUGAAAUACAGGAAGACUGUGCUUCUAGUAGUGAUGUGGAUAUUCUGAAAUCUGACAGAAAAAGCAAAGAGAGAGAAGCAAGCAUUCCUCCGUCCUCUGCUCCUAAUACAGCAUCAGUAGAUUCAACUCCCAGAACCUCAACUAUUAAUUACUGUGGUUUGAAAGAUGUUUCAGAGGAAUCAACAAUCCAGAAAAUGGAAAGGAUGAAAAAAAUGUUUGAAGAAACUGCAGAGUUACUGAAAGGUCCAAAUCACUAAUUAUAGAAUUUUCUACAUGAACUUCUCUAGGACUUUGGCUACUAUACAUGUUGUAUAUUUUAAGAAUUCUCUUCGAAUUUUAAUAUACAGCAAUAUUUUUAUUAAGAAUUUUAAUUCCAUUUUUAAUCUGAGCUUUUUCAUUCAAUAGUGAAUAAAUAUUUAAAUAUUUUUGCACUAUGAUUAUACGGCUUUACUCUGUUUUACUUUCCGCAGGAAAACUUAUGUGCCAGUACAUUUCUUUUACUGAGUGAAGUCAUUACAGCACUGUAUUUUUGUGUUGACAUUUGUUGGCAGUGUGCUAAGUAAUAUGUUUUUCAAAGUACAGGCUUCGGGACCAUAGUUUACAUCCUGUUGGAAACACUCCAACUACGACUUGCAUAUUGUACCCAGGAGGCUGUCGUACAUACCAUCUUGCCAUCUGUACUGAUGAAUAUGUUGUAAUGAAAAGUUUAAAAUGCUCAUUGAAAAUUACAUAAAACAAAAAUACAGCAAUCUUAUGCUUAGUCAAAAAACAGCAACACAUUUUCAGUUCACAUUGAAAAAGUAAGGGUAUGAUUCUCUUUUUGUAUCAAGAAGCAGGCCGGAAAGUUCACUGUGAAAAAUGUGUUGAGUAUUUUAGUGCUCUAUUCUGUAACACAUUUUAAGACCAGCAGCACAGACACAGAUGGUGGCUGUCCAGUAUUACAAGAUACACAGUGAGGUUUUUUUUCUUUUUAAGUGAUGGGAAGUAAUAGAUUUUUCUGGUGAGAGAAAAAGUCUUAGAUGAAGUUAAAUAAAUCAAGAGAAAAAUGAAAUUCACUUUAAAUUACUAGAUAAAUUACUUUUUUUAACUUGAUAAAUAAAAAAUGUAAUAAUUGUCCUGGGUAAUCUUCAAGAAAAUUGAUUCUAUUAUUUUGGAGGGAAAAAGGAAAGUUUUUUUUUUUUUUCAAAUUGUUAUUUAGUACAUUCGAUUAUAUUUUAUUUAUUCAUCUGUUUAUAUUAUAUAUAUGUAUAAUUUGAAAUUUGUCGCAUAUGAAACAUUAAGUUGAGAUUCUAAGUAAAAUAACUUAAAGCAUUUUUAGUAUUCUAAUACAUGCUUACGUCAUUUCUUGAAACUUAUGAAAAUUUCAAAUUAAUAUACAAUCUUGAAUUUAGUAGCAUUUCAGUUAAUAUUUCUAGAACGAAUCCAAUUAGUUUCAUAUUUUCAAUUACAAAAUAUUUAUAAAAAAUCAAGAGCUAAGUUAUAAAAGUAAACACUAUUAUAUCAAUUAACUUCUAAAAAUAUUAGUGCUAGCGUGGGAUUAUAGCACCACCUUGUGGUUCGUUGCCACAAAAAGUAUUUUAUCUUUUAUUAAAACAAAAGAUUUCCUAUAAAACAAAGGUCAUAUUUUCCUUUUUGAAAAACUCAAUUCAAAAUUCAAUUCAAUUUUGUUUAAAAAGAAACAUUUUUGAAGUUUUGUGCAAGACAGGAGAAAAAGUAAGUCUCCUUAUCUCUGUUUUCCUUUCCUCCCUCUUUAAAAAAUUUUUUUUUCAAUUAUAGUUGACAUUCUAUUUCCUUUUUUCCUUAUGUAGUGUGCAUAUACACACAGUUAUAUGAUUUGAAACAUUUUUAGUCUCCUAAUUUACAUGUAGUGUGCAAAUUAUAAAUAUCAACUGAAAAUAUAGUACAAAAUGUCUUACAUUAUCAAGUGGAAAUUUAGAAUCCAAAUUUUAUUAUACUUUCAUAUAACAACUUAAACAAGAGCUAAUGAAAUCAGCUCAUAGUAACACCAUACAUUUACACUUAACAAAGACCUUUACUACUUUGGCAGCAUAAUCUUUGGAAAAAAGAAAGCAAAGUUUACUUUGUUGAAAUUAAUGAAGAGAUAGCCAAAUGAUUUAUUAUUCUACCUUUUGUAGAAAUUGUAGAAAAAGUUAAGUUUUCCCUCUUUGGCAAUUUGGUAAGUACCGUAUUUGCCGGCGUAUAAGACGACUGGGCGUAUAAGACGACUGGGCGUA